AAAGCGCGCCAAGGCUCGGUAUCAGUGUGAUUCGAGCCAGCAGCCAGAGCAAGUAGCUCCCAGUGACUCCAGACAAGGAUCUGUGACCGAAGGACUAACCAACCACCCACCCACCUGUGUGUAGCACCUGUCGCACGGUGUGCCGCGAGUGUUGUCGCCGUCGUUAGCCGGGAAAAAAGUGAAAAGUGCUAAGUGCCUUAGCAUGAUAUUCAAGCAGUGGCCCUGGCAGGCCCUCAUCAGCCUGCUCUCCGUGCUGUUCCUCGCCAGCAGUUGUGGGGCAGCCACCGAGCAGCUGGGCAGCCCACCCAGUCCCAGCCCAUCCCAGAGCGCCGGGGCACGGACCCUGCUGAGGGUCUACGACGAGUGCACCCGCGCCGAGGCCGGAUUCGUGCCAUGUCUGAAAAAGAAGGCCAUAUCCUUCAUCGACCGCCUGGCCCCCAUCGACGCCAUCAACGUGGCCGAUGGCAUCAAGCUGGUGCGCCUGGAAACUGCUCCCCGUCCGCCGGCCGCGAGCGAGAACGAUCUGGAGUCUUCGCUGCCCCGAUCCGGGAGCGACCGGGAUGCCAAGCUCACCCACAUGCUGAUCGAGCGGCUCAGCUACUUCUUCAACGGGCACUCCCUGCAGGUCAGCUUCCCCAAGCUCACAUCCGAGGAGAUUGGACGCGGCCUAGAGGAAGGCCGUGGUAAAAUGAAGAAGAUGAUGGGCAUGAUGAUGAUGGGCAUGGCCAUGAAGAUGAUGGGAAUGAUUCCGAUUGCCAUGGGAGCGCUCUACAUACUGGCAGGCAAGGCACUGAUCAUCUCGAAGAUCGCCCUGCUCCUAGCGGGCAUAAUCGGGCUGAAGAAGCUGAUGUCCGGCAAGUCGUCAGGCGGCAGCUCCGGCUGGUCCUCCGGAGGCGGCGGAGGAGGAGGUGGCUGGUCAUCCGGAGGCGGUGGCGGAGGAGGCGGUGGCUGGGACCGGCGAUCCCUGACCGAGGCCCAGGAGCUGGCCUACCGAGCCCACCACCAGGAGCAGGCGGUCCAUGCCCAGAGCCACCCGCAGCUGCAGCAUCUGCAUCCGAAAGCAGCGGCGCCGCAAGUGGCCAAGUCGUAGGACGGAAAUCUAGAUAGAUAGUGAAGACCAGGAGGAGGAGUGACCCCAAGUGUUAGAUAGCUGCAUUUAUCUUGUGGAUAAAUCACGGACGGCGGACGGAUUGUAAUUAGAUAUACACAUAACUCUCUUUUUGCACUUGCACUGCGGGGCAGGAAUGAUGACUUGAUGCACUUCCAACGGUUCACUCGACGCACUGUGGCACCUAUGGGUACAUCGGAUAAAAUGUAUCCAGAACGUGCGUUCCCACUGGGCACUGCGGAUUUUUUAUAAUGAUUAGUAUUUGCUUUAAUCGAUUAUGUUUUGUUUUAUGUAUCACUCUGCCCUGCUCUGUUCUUCCAGCCGGGUUUACUGUUGCUGAACCCGGCCUUUCUAUCUUUUUUAGCCUGUAUCUGUGUAUCUGCAACUCACUGUGCCUCAAUUCCUAUGGCUAACUGCACUUGCUAUUUUCAAUUACCUGUCGUACUUCCGCUUCUGCAGCCCGUUUCCAAGUCCAACUCACUCCACUGGCGCACUUUGAUUAACUCUAGCCUGUCUAACUGUACGUAGCGACUAAGUGUAAUAAUUUAUUUAACUUUAUUAUUUAUUUACCAGCCGUAAGUGUAAAUUGCAUGUAAGCAGCAAAGUUUUCAAAAAACAGAAAAGCAAAAAAAAUGUACACAAAUAAAAUCACUGAUACCAAGCGAA